AUGGCUCGAGUGUUUUUGUUGCUUGCUCUAUGUGUGCUACCAGCCCUCGUGAGCGCUGCUCGCCCAGGGAGAGCCCCGUUUGCGGUGGAAGGACUCGUCUACUGUGACACUUGCCUUGCUGGUUUUGAAACCUCCAAAACAACUUACAUUGCAGGUGCCAAGGUUCGACUGGAAUGCAUGGACAGGAAGACACAAGUUCUUGUCUACAGCAAGGAAGAAACAACAGACUCAACUGGAAAAUACACCAUCAAUGUUGAUGAGGACCAUAAGGAUCAAAUUUGCGACUGCAUGCUAGUUAGCAGCCCCUGGAAGAACUGCAGAGCACCAUCUGCUGGCCGUGAUCGUGCACGUGUUAUCUUGACCAAUUACAAUGGACUUGUUUCAACCACCCGCUAUGCCAAUUCUAUGGGUUUCAUGGCGGCACAGCCCAUGUCCGGCUGCACUGAGCUUCUCAGGACAUACCAGGAGUAUGAAGAUUAG